AUGGAUAUGACUCAAAUGUUGUCUGAGCUUGAAGGAGGAAAUGAUGAAGAGAUUGAGCAACUGCUGCAGCGCUACAACAGAGAAAACAGCCGCACCUUCGCGUUUGACCAGGAAGAAGAACCCCUGCGAAUUAAACUGUGUCAGAGUACGUUGGACGUCCUGAGCCGAGGGGUGGCCUUCAGCUGUCAGAGGACAUGUCUGGAGACUCUCCGCAUCAUGUCCAGAGACAAGGGUGUCCUGAGCCCAGUGUCCAGCAGAGAGGGGCUGCUGGUGCUGACCGCUAUGGCCCGGCUCAGCACGGGAGAGGACGGCUUACACAAACACAAGGGUCUUCAGGACAGUGUGUCCGUGGAGGAGGAGCAGCGGGUGGUGGUGGAGGCCCUGAAAUGCUUGUGUAAUGUCGUGUUCAACAGUCCGGCGGCGCAGCAGGUGAGUGUGGAGCUGCAGCUGGGUCCUGCUCUGUGUGGGUCUCUGCAGAGCUCCCACAGCUGGAGCCAUGAGGUGGGACUGUUCUCUCUGCGCCUGCUGUUCCUUCUGUCUGCACUGAGGCCGGACGUGAGAGCGACCCUCAGAGAGCGGCGGGCGGUGCCGCUGCUGACCACGAUGCUGGAGCAGACGCUGGAGGUUCGAUGGAUGGGUCCGUACGAGGCGGAGCCCGUGGACCCUGAGGCUGCUCCUAUCCCAGCCCAGACCAACGACAGGGUCAUGGAGGCUCUCAAAGCUCUGUUCAACCUCACACUCAACCACCCAGACACAGAGGAGGACGAGCAUCAGUUCCGUGUUAUUGUGGGGAUUCUUCGUCACCUGUUGAUGUUGAGAACUGAAACCAUGGAGAAGACUGAGGAGGUGCACAGUCAUGCUGUGAACCUGCUGAACAACCUGCCCGUGUCCUGCCUGGACGUCCUGCUGCCGCCUACAGGAGGGGCCCAGAACUACAGCGGGAAGAACCUGGAGGCCCAGAACUACAGCGGGAAGAACCUGGAGGCCGUUGAGCUGCUUCUGGAGUUCAUGGAGAAACGCAUCGAUAAGAGCUCUAACUACAAAGAAGGCCUCACUCCAGUUCUCUGCCUUUUGACGGAAGCUUCUCGACAUCACAGAGAGAUCCGCAGGUUCCUUAAAGCACAGGUCCUCCCUCCUCUGAAGAACCUGAAGGUGAAGCCGGAGGUGGGGAGCUCCCUCAGGAACAAACUGGUGCGACUGAUGACACACGUGGAUCUGGGAGUGAAGCAUGCGGCGGCAGAGUUUCUCUUUGUUCUCUGCAAAGAGAAAGUGGCCUCUCUGCUGAAGUACACAGGGUAUGGGAAUGCAGCGGGGUUACUGAUGGCGCGGGGGCUGCUGGUCGGAGGACAGGGAGAGACUCAGUACUCUGAGGGAGAGGACUCAGACACUGAGGAGUACAAGUCUGCCACCAACUUCGACAUCAUGAGUGGCUGUGAGGAGGAUCCACGUCCAAACCCCAUGGAGGAGAUGACGGAGGAGCAGAAGGAGCACGAAGCGGAGAAACUGUUCAGGAUCAUCAACGAGAUGAAGAGACAUAACGUGAUCCAGCCGAUGGUGGUGAGGUCUGACGGGCGCCUGGGGCCUCUGGAGGAGGAGCUACACAUGCAUGAGCCGGACUCUCACUCGGACUCGGACUAG